AUGGAAUAUAUUGGGGAUCUUCAAUCUUCUCUCUGGUGCAGAGGGGCAAAUUUAUGCUUUACUGAGCCACCUCUCAAGACAAAUUUACCUGAUGUCCUGUUGCAGGUCACCCACCCUGGCAAGACCAGCCUGGAUUACUACAGGAAUGACAGCACGGUGCUGCCUGUGUAUGGAAACCCAUUGAACGACACAGACUUCGUGUGCGACAAGAGGCAGAUCAGACAGUUUGCUCGAGCCUUCCUGCCAGUGUUUUUCUGGCUCAUCUUCUCUGUGGGCAUCGUGGGAAACACCUUGGUCAUGCUUGUCUAUUGCAAAUACCGCUUCAGGAGGAGCAUGAUGGAUCAGUACCUGCUGCACCUGGCCAUUGCAGACCUGCUCCUCCUCUUCACCCUCCCGUUCUGGGCCAAGGCUGCCUCUGAUGGCUGGAUCUUCAAGAACUUCAUGUGCAAAGUCGUCAACAGUAUGUAUAAGAUAAACUUCUACGGCUGCAGCUUGUUUCUAACCUGCAUCAGCUUUGACAGGUACAUCACUAUUGUCCAGGCGAUGAAAGCUAAAACUUCUAAGCGAAGGUGGCUCAAGCGCAGCAAACUCAUGUGCUUGGCUGUCUGGCUGAUGGCCGUGAGCCUGUGCAUCCCAGAAAUCAUGUACAGCCAAAGCACGCAGAUGGGCGACGUAACAGUUUGCAAAAUUACGUACCCACCAAACGUCAGCAUGAUCUUCAGAGUUACUGUCCUUGCCUUGAAAGUCACGAUCGGAUUCUUCCUCCCACUCCUUGUCAUGGUUAUUUGUUAUGCCCUUAUCAUCAACACCCUCCUGCAAGCCAAAAGAUCCCAAAAGCAGAAGUCACUGAAGAUCAUCACCAUGAUCAUCACCGCUUUCCUCCUCUCUCAGUUCCCAUACAAUAUUGUUUUGCUGGUCAAAACUAUCAACAUGUAUGCCAGGGUGGUGUACAGCUGUCAGGCUGCUGACCGGCUGGACAUCGGGCUACAGGUCACCCAGAGCAUCGCCUUUUUCCACAGCUGCCUCAACCCCUUCCUCUAUGUCUUUGCUGGGGAACGGUUCAGGAUGGCACUGUGCAGGAUGAUGCAGAGCGGCGGGUGGCAAGAACAGUGCUCCUCUGCCUGCAACAGCCAGGAGCACAGCUCCAACUGGUCCUUUGCCAUGCUGGGCAAGCGGCAGGUGAGAAGCUCCCUGACCCUCAGCACCCACUUAAACUCCUCUGCUAUGUCCCCACCUUGCCAAGUCCUCUUGUAA